AACCGCGGAGCCGCGCGCGGCCAUGGGUGCUGCGGGUGCCAUGCGGGCGAGGGUCGCGCGCGUGGCCCUGUGCGGCGUCGCGCUGCUCUGCGCGCUGGGACUGGCCCAGCGCCCCCCCGGGGGUCUGAGCUGCGGCCCCGGCCGCCAUCUGCAUGGGACGGGGACCAGCGCACGCUGCUGCCGCUCGUGCACCCCAGCUGAGGGGGUCUGUCCUGAGCUGGGCUGCCAGUGUGUCCAGCCUGAGUUCCACUGUGGAGACCCCCAGUGUAAGAGCUGCAAGUACUACUCCUGUCCGCCUGGCCAGCGGGCGUGGCCUGUAGGGAAGUUCAACUUCGGCUUCGAGUGCAUCGACUGUGCUGCGGGGACCUUCUCUGGGGGCCGCGAGGGCCGCUGCAAACCUUGGGCAGACUGCUCCAAGCUUGGGUUUCCCACCGCGUUCCCCGGGAACAAGACACACGAUGCCGUGUGCAGCCCAGGGCUGCCGCCCACGGAGCCGCCCGGCCUGCUGACCGCCAUCCUCCUCGCCCUGGCCGCCUGCAUCCUGGCCCUGACCGUGACCCAGCUCAGCCUGCACAUCUGGCAGCUGAGGAGGCAGAGAGUGCGGCCCCCAGAGACGCAGCUGCUCCUAGAGGCCCCGCCACCCCCGCCCGAGGACGCCUGCAGCUGCCCGUUCCCUGAGGAGGAGCGGGGCGAGCCGCUGUCGGAGAACAAGGGCCGCCUGGAGGACCUGUGGGUGUGAGGCCCAGAGGGCCCGUGCCAGACCCUCCCGGAGCUGGCCCAGGCUGGCCCGCAGGAGCGAGGGCUCUGGGCCCUGCCGUGGGGCCCCAGCU